AUGGUCAGCGAAAAAUGUAACUGCAAAGAAUUAGACAAGAACUAUGACGUUAUAGUCAUAGGGGGGGGACACAGCGGCUGUGAGGCCAGCCACAUAAGUGCAAAAUUGAGAGCGAAGACUUUGCUAAUAACUCAGUGUAAGGAUAGCAUCGGCGAAAUGUCCUGCAACCCAUCCAUCGGAGGAAUCGGAAAAGGAAUUCUGGUCAAAGAAAUCGAUGCCUUAGGUGGACUCAUGGGGAAAGUCAUAGAUAAAAGUGGCAUACAUUUUAAAAUAUUAAAUUUAAGAAAAGGCCUGGCUGUUAGGGGACACAGAGCACAAGCGGAUAGAGAUCUCUAUAACUAUCACAUGAAGGAGCACAUGCAUGGCACGAAAAAUUUGCACAUCUUAGAGGGCACAGUUCAGUCCCUCCUAAUUGAAAAUUGCACAAAUGGUUCCUCCGUCAGUGGAAGGCACGUGUACGGAGUGAAAAACAAAUGCACGUGUGAAUUUUACUCGAAUAGUGUGGUCCUCACCACGGGGACGUUUCUGGGAGGCGUGUGCCACAUAGGGAAGGAGAAGUACCACGGGGGGAGGAUCAAACGGAUAUCCAGAGGGAGGCAGUGGGAGGGGGUAAAUUCCCCUCGAGGGGAAGACUCCACUGGGGUGAAACCCCCCCUACACGAAGCUUCGACAGACAAAUGGACACCCCCCCCUAGCGACGGAAUUGCCUACACCAGUUAUGAUAAGAUAGAAAAACAUAACAGCGCCAUUUUUGACCAACUAGUGGAAUCAUCCACGCAAAGUAUUUCUAACCAAUUGAGGGAGAACCAGUUUGAGAUAAAGAGGAUGAAAACGGGAACACCCCCGAGGUUACACAUCAGAAGCAUUGACUUUACCUGUCUUGAAAGGGAAGAUAGUGAAACAGAAAACCCAUUUUAUUUCUCCUUCCUAAACAGCAACAAGGUUAAUAGGAACAAAACAUUACCCUGUUACAAAACCUACACAAAUGAAAGGACCCACGAAUUGGUUAGAACCCAUUUGAAUGAGCUACCCGAUUUCGACUGCUACGAUAAGCUGGGCAAUGGACCCAGAUACUGCCCCUCUAUAGCCAAGAAGGUCACAGAAUUUGCCGAGAAGAAUAAACACAUCAUCUGGUUAGAGCCCGAAGGAUUUCACGACGUACUCAUAUAUCCAAACGGCUUAAGUUCUGCCUUCCCGAUAAACACACAGAAAGAGAUAGUUAACUCCAUCAGAGGGUUAGAAAACGCAGAAAUUGUCUUCCCUGCCUACGACGUGGAAUAUUAUUACGUGAACCCUAAGUGUCUGAAUUAUACAUUAGAGUCGAAGAAUAUCAAGGGUCUCUUUCUCGCUGGACAGAUUUGCGGAACAACCGGAUAUGAGGAAGCAGCCUGUCAGGGAAUUGUCGCAGGGAUUAAUGCAGCAAUAGGUGCUCGUACUAUCGAUGCAGAAACAAAGGAGCAGUUCAUUUUGAAAAGAAGUGAAAGCUAUAUAGGCGUCCUCAUUCACGAUUUGAUAAACAAAGGCAUAACGGAGCCUUAUAGAAUGUUCACUUCCAGGGCUGAGUAUAGGCUCUAUCUCAGACCAGACAACUGCGACAUGAGACUUACCCCCAUGGCACACAAGUUGGGUAUCGUAUCCGACGAGAGGAUGUAUAUACUGAGGCAGAAAUAUGCCUCCGUAAAUAAGCUCAUUUCUCUCUUUAAGAAGCUACAGCUGAGUGAUGCCCGCGAAGGGGAGAAAACCCCCACCCCAAGUGAUUUCUCUGGUACAGAUGCAGAGCACUUGUUUUUAAAAAACUCCGUUGAGGCAUUCCAGCCUGAUGGGAAAAACAACGUCCAUCUAGAAUUCACCUCUCGAAAGGGAAACAUAAAUACGUUAUAUACAAUCUUCAGAAGCGGAGUGGAAUACCCACUGCAUAUUUUGCUGACCAAAAUACAGCAGGUGCACGACUGGAAUGAAUUACAGAGCUCACUUCCGCCUGAACAAAACAAUGUUGCCAUUUAUAUGGAUAAAAUGCAACACUGCGGAUUUUCGCUUGACCAAAGUGACGACUUCCUUCUGAACUCUGCCACUCUGGAAACUGCCUGUGCAGAGGUUAAAUACUCCCCAUACUUGACAAAACAGAUCAGAGAGAUGGACAAAAUUAGGGACAGCUUCGACUUGGCCAUCCCGCCCGAUGUCACCUACGACAGGCUUAACUUCCCCUACUUGUCCAACGAAGAAAUUGAAAAACUGAACAAAUUCAGACCGCGAACUCUACACGAUGCCAACCGAAUUGAAGGCGUCACCAUGAGCGCCAUUUAUUAUUUGUAUUACUACAUAAAAGGCGAAAAGAAUAGGGUUAAAAGAUAG